CCCUGUCAAAACAGGCAAGAAAUGCCUACGGUUGGCGCUGACCUUUCCUGGCUAGAUGCCAUCGGUCCUGAGAUAGCACGAGAUUGUGUGUCUCACGCGAUACGCGAUCGUCCACGGGUUCAGGCGAAAUCUCUUCAUCAUCAUCAGCAUCAAUGUCGUCUCUCUCCCAGCCGUCGUCUUCACACCCGGGCAAGAAAGAAGACGUAACGGCAAGAUGGGCAUGGCAAAGCCAACCAACAGUGCUCUAUUCACUGAAUUGUGGAUAGAGUAUGCCAUUGCCAUGCUCGCUUUGGCUUUGCGCUUCUUUUCCCGGAGGAGAAUGUUCGGACUCAAGAAUUUCGACCUUGGUGAUGCCUUUGCUGGGCUCGCCAUGGUAUGUUAUACUCUUGCUGCAGUUGGGAUUUAUCUUGUCACGCUGUUUGGCAACAACAUUGGUCUGGACGAUGCGACCGCGAUGCAAGUACCUGACGACAAACUCCCAAGGAUGAUUCUUGGGUCGAAACUGGCCGUCAUCAACUGGUACUGGUACAUCACUCUGCUCUGGUCCCUCAAAGGCGUACUGCUCAUGGUGUACGUCAAACUCGGCACCGGGAUCGAUCGACAGGAAUGGGUCGUGCGAGGUGUCUGCGCCUUCGCAAUAGUGUCCUACGUGGCCUCCAUUCUCUGCCAUACUCUGGUCUGCACACCGCCAUGGAAGGGAUGGCAGGUCAAGCCAUAUCCAGGAGACUCUUGCACCAUGCGAAGAAUGAAUUAUAUUGUCAUCGCCAUCAUGAAUGGAGUCAGCGAUCUGGCCAUUAUAGCUGUUCCCAUGCCAAUACUGUUCCGGGUCAAGGUUCAACUCUCCAGGAAGCUGGUUCUGGUUCUGCUGUUUUCACUAGGCUUCUUCUGCAUCAUCGCGACAAUACUUCGGGCAUAUUACUCGCUACUUUCCUUGGAGACCCUCUCAGUUGCGCUAGGUUGGACGAGUCGAGAAACUUGCAUCGGAACAAUCGUCGCUUGCGCUCCAGGAAUCAAGCCACUGUUCAGCACCUCGAGAUGGUAUCGAUCGAAUGGAUCUAGAUCCCGCGACAAAGCUGCUACACCAGAUGGUAGCCACUACCUACCGUUCUCGAAAAAGGAUACACCAAACCCGGGCAGCAAAUUCGAUGGCCAGAUCACAGUUUCAAGGUCCGUGGACGUCUACCGCUCCGAAAAUAGGCAGUCCAUUGACAGUCCUUAUGGGGUAGAAAUGGCCAGAUGGAAGUCCAAGGGUCAAGUAGGCUCUUUAGACAGCGACGAGAGAGUUAUUAUCGAGCACCCGCAGGAUACCAUGACCAAUAGGAGCCACAACAGCCACAGCAGUCACAAGAGCGCCCAGUACAGCCUUAGAGAGUUCUUCAUGAGCGAAAAUGCCAGAUCGAAACAUUGAACACAAAUUUGCAGGCCAUUGCCGAAGGCCAAAUCCCGAUACAGGAAAUCAUUCCAUUUUCCACCGCCACCAUCUGCGUAAUCUCCGCGGCAUGUUUAGCAGCUUUUGGACCAGCCCGCAAGAAAUGGAUUGCGGUCCGAUGAGGAAACCUUCACAUCGCAUCAAAAGCGGCGGAACAGCCAACGGCAGCAUCUCCAGUCGCCUCACGACACGACCGCAGGUGCAAUGCCUCAAACCAGAAAGCGUGCCCUAAUGGGAUUGAGACAUCGAAAUUCACAAUCGGGCAGAACUGCGGCAUUCCAAACUUCGGGAGACCGCGAUAUGCUAGCCCAGAGGCGCUAUGCUGGGACUCCUGGCUCCGAUCUCUAUACCGCUCGAGCGGCCGUCGAAAUGCCCGUGGAUCCGCGGCCCGCAAUACCGUGGUCAGCACGACUCACGACUCAUGAGGGAUGCACGUGUUUCGUAUGUUGCCGUCCCAAUACCGAAUGCAAUGUUUCAGCGACUGUCUCGAUGGCCGACCGAAACUCGGAGUCGGUUCGCUUCGAACUUCCGUGGGUCCUCGACGCAGUCUUCUGUUAUCAACUGGGAGACCAGCUUGAUGGAGAAGACACAAGCUACCAAGCGUGAUACAAACAAGGGAAAAUGGUCUUUGAGAAGAAGUUCCGGGUGCUAUCUUGAACAGUGGUGACCCGGAUGGAAGGGAAGGAUAUCAUCUUGCCAUUUCGAGGCGCCUUCGAUCGUUUUCUCGCUGCCUCGAUGUCGCCGGCCUUGCCGCAAUGCUUGAAGGGGAAGCCUCAAUAUCAGGAAGUCCUGAAAAGGCAGUAUGUGUCCUUUACGAGAAUCCGGGCAGAGUUGAGAACAUCAUCUCAUUCUCUCGUAAUAUGUUGUAGUACACAGAAUGUACAGUGGACUAUACAAACAGCCAGAAUAUCCCCCCAUUCUUACCAGCUGCCAUAAUUAAUCAUCAUCAUCGAAAACCUCAUCUCCUUCUUCCUCGGUAACACUCCUCAACCUCAAAAUUUCCCUCUCCAAUCCCUCGUACCUUCCCUUCAACUUGACACUGAUCUUCUUGAAAUCCUCAGCACUGACUUUCCCCUCUUCCAAUUCUUGGCGCAGUUCCCUCGCAACAUCCAUCAAAACUUUCAUUCCCUUCUCCACCAUCCUCUCGAAUUCCGGGACUUGUCUCCAGAAAAUCUCACCGUAUCGCGCUUUGUCGAGCAUUUCUCUCAGCAUUCGGUGGGCAUUAAUAGCAAGGACGAUGUCGAUGUGGCGUUCAAGUGAUAUGAUCUUCUCAUUCAUCGAGGAGAUUUCGGACUCGGUCAAAGGGAUCUCUUUUCCGUUAUCGAGAACUUUGUAGCCACGGUCGAGGAGCUCGCGAAGACGUGUGAUAUCCUUCUGGUUCUUGAGAAGAUGCAUGACGCGGCUUUGGUACACGUAAAGAUCGAAUUUACCGUCGGGUUUGUACUUUUCGUCGCGGGUGGAGAGGUAGUCGGAGACUGUUGACUGGGCGGUAGAGGGGUCGAGGAUUGCGGAGAGAUCGUUCGUGUCAGAAAAUGUGAAGGUGGAAGCGAAACGGCGGGUCUGUAGUGGUAUGCCCAGGAUGUCCAUAGGCCGGCGGGUGAAAGUCGAGAAGGGCCUUGUAAUCUGAGUGUUUGGGCCAGCGGGUGUUGGGCUCGGAGUCGAGGCCGAUGUCACUGUCGAUUCUGACCUUCCUCUAUCCUUGGUGUCAGGUUGGGGAUGCGGAGUCUCGUCAUGCUCCCCGUCUUCAGAAUUGAAUGCCUCGUAUACAUCAGCUGCUUCUUCGCGUCUGACCUGUUCUCUUGUUGUAGCGAGCGCGGUAUAGACAGAAUCUUCAGCCAAAUCCUCAUCGACCUGGGUUUCCUGCUUAUGCUUACGGCUCUGCGAAGCAAUUGCACCAGAGUCGAUGUCCUCGCCCAGCUUGAGAGGAUCAAGUUCAAUUCCCGCAGCUGCGACCUCUGCUCGUGGAAGAUGGUCACGAUUUGCAUCAUAGCUUUCUUUCUUGUCAACACGCGUGUAAUCGGGCACGAUCUUGUCUCCUCCGCCGCGAAAGCCCCUCAUUGCGUAGCUCAGAGCAAGUCGAUUCUCGCUUCCUUCCAGAUGCGACCACCCAAAGACCUUACCGACUACAAUGACGUGAUCUUCAACUUCAAUGCACUUGUUCAAUAGUAGAUCAGCCUCAAAGGCGGCCUCGAUUCCGCCACCUGUCCUGUCUGCGAGCUUUCCCGGUCGCCUUCCUCGGGACACCUCUCCUACAUAUACAUCCAUCUCUCGUAAUUUUAGAAAUCCAGUAUGAGGUCGCUCAUAGGGACGCGUGAAGGUUUCAGCAAUCGCGGCUCCUCUCGGGUUUGACGCCAAGAAGUGUACAAUGAAUUGCUUAGUGAAGCGAAUCGCAUCCCAGGUACGCGAAGGGAGUUUGAGGUUGAAGCUUACGACUGGCUGUGGCUUCAUGGUUACCGCGCUGAAUGAAGACACUGUUGCUCCACGAGCCCCUUGUAAAUACCCAUCUGAUCCCUCGUUUGAGUCUGGUACAUCCACCGGGCUCAUGUUGCGGCGGCCUGACGUUACGAGCACUACAGGGUGUGUCAACGUGCGCAAGGUGCCGCGAACCUUUUCAACCAGCCCUUGGAGUUCCUCGGGAUGCGCUGGUCUGCGCGCCGUCACCACUUCAUGCUCUGGAUAGUUGUAGUACUUGCACAGAUAAUCGAGUCUCUGGCGGAAAAUUCUUUGCGCCAGCGAGGUGCCAUCCAGGGUGCCAGUAAAGGUCAACGAGUUCUUUGCUUUCUUGACAUGGAUAAUUGUUCUCACGUAGCGCCUGUACCCAUCGACAUACUCUUGCAGAAGUGUACGACAGAGCUCGGCUGCAUUCGGCCCAUGCACAAAGACUUCAUAAGCCCGAUCUUGAGCACGUUUGCCUAUGAUCUCUGCGACUGUACUCGCGGACUUCUCGAGCUCGUGAGAUCCGAGACCGUGAUCGUUGCAGACUUUGUCGAUUCUGUCCUGAAGACUCUUCUGACACUGCUCAAUUCGUGACAUUUUCCCAGUUACGAUCAGCUCGUUCCUGGGUCCAAGAUGUGCGUACACAUCGUGCUCAAUGGCAUCUGGCUCGACUAACGUGCUCAAGUUCACGAUUUUGUUAAAUUCUGCGGAUCGUGGGCCAACGACGUGGAAGCGGCAGAAGUAAAAAUGGUCUGCAGGUAGACCUAUAAUGUCAUGAGAAGUCGGUUGCCAGGCGAGGUUUUCCAGCUUUAAUGAUCUUGCGCCAUACUUCGUUUCCGGCGGCAAUUCAACCUGCCUUAUCUUCAACGGUGCUGGAGGGAAGGGGCCGCUGGUUUGGGGUAUGUCUUGUGAUGGAGCGGGAGUUUCUUCCAGCUCUUGCGGUAUGCUUGGUGACGGAGUGGGAGUUUCUUUCCGCUCAUGGUGCGCCAUGUAGCUGAAAAUGUUACCCCUUGAGUGCAUGACCGCGUUCAUGUCACCUGAGAUGAAAAGAGACCGUGCCAUGGCUGUGUCAUCCGACAGUGCCCUGGUGGGCCUCUGCUCUGGCUCACCAACGGUGAUGCUGACUUUGUGCUUUCCAGCAAAACCCUCAACGCUAUUUUGGGCAAGGAACAUCGCCCAGUCAUUCUCGGAAAGGCACAAUUCAAUUUGCAAAUAAGAACCCUCUGCCUGUCUGACCGCGUACCCACGGGGCACCAAGUGGCUGGAUGGCGUCUCUGCUUGCGAGGAGACUCUGAAGUCUCUUUCGAAUCUCUGUCGCUUAGACUUAGUUGGGCUAGCGCUGUCCAUGUCAGGAUCCGUCGACGCUGUUUUGUUAGUCUGUAUCACGAUAUCUGAUUUGUACGCCAGAAGCUCAUGAAACGUCCGAGCAACUGCCAGAUACGUCCCUGAGACGAGCACAGAAACAAUCUUCGCGUCCUCCAGACCUUGAACUUUCACAGGCGCUGAUAGUUGCUGCACUUCUAUCCUCGAAUCGAACGACAAGACGAGUGUCUCCAACCCAGAUCUAUAUUCUCCUUUGAGCCGCUCAAGGUCCUGGUCCAGCACUGGCACCUCGAGCAUUAUCCCCAUUUCCGAGCGAUAUCUCACGACUUCUUCCCAAGGUUGCAGCGUAUUGAAUGGUUUGUCUGUGGCCUGGUGUACCGGAGCAUUCUUCCAUCGCUCGAUAUACUUUUGAAGUUCGCGCAUUUUGGGGAGAGGUCUUCCAAUUGCUGCCUCGUAUGCGAACUGAAGCUUUUCCUCUGCAUCCGGUAUUCCAAUGGCUGUUCGCUCUCGUGGCGAGUCGAAGUGUUGUGUCCACUGUCUCUCAUCGUGGGGCGCGCGUAGAACUUCUCUGCCAUGUUCUCGCUGUGCAUGGCGCCUCGAUUUUCUAAGGAACGCUUUGCGAUUCGCGGCGGUCGAGUGGAAGCCAUGGCUGCAAGUUCGUUCGGCACCCACUUCGGCGGGCGAAGUGAGUAGUGUCCAUUCGUAGAAGGCUCGAUAGAAGCGGCGCGAAGCCACACUCAUCCGUGUCAUCGAUCAGUGGGAGG